AUGAAUUUCAAACUCGCACUGAUCGUCUGUCUCGCGGCACACGCCCACGCACUCGACAAUGCCACCGCAAAAACGGUACACAAUCCGCAGUGCAAACCGCCGAACGGAGACGUGUACAAAGAGCGGAACGAUGUGCAAUUUCUGUUUUUCGUCGAUCGAACACUCGAGGAGGCGCUGGCGAGUUUGGGUGGCGGGACACUUUGCAACUGGGCGUUUCGCAACUAGUGUUUCUUGAAAAUAGGCUUUACUUUGACAUGAUCACACUUCAAAACAGUUUGCAACCAAUUUUUCAGAACAAACGGUACUCGUGUGCCGUUGUAUUUCAGUAUUUACGGUAGAUUUUUAAGAUUUCCGGUUGCGAAACGUCCAUGACACUUUGCAACUGAAUGCAUUCUCGGUUGCAAAGUGUCCAUGACAAUUGCGAAACGUCUUGCAGCUCUCCCGGCUCUACUACCUGUUCAAGGCGAUCUCGUGCGAGAUUCCGCUCUCGAAAAAGAUUACGGUGGCGGUGUCAAAGUAUGGAGGCAGUGAGGUACACUAAUUUUGGACCGACAAUAUCACAAAUUGAUGAGCAUUUCAGAACGACCUGCGAAAAGGACUGAAUAGCGCAGAAGUGCCCGAGUAUCUGAGCGGCGAACGAAUAGGUAAAUUAUCAAUGGAAGCCUGAAAACCUUUAAGCGCUUUCCAAAUUUCAGACGAAGAAGGCGGUUGCACGGCGUUCGGAAACACUCUGAGACGGUCCCUAGAGGGCGAGCCGUUCUCGAAAACAUUUCAGUUCAUAGUUCCCACUUUUUCGGCCGCCGAGCACGAGUGCUACGUGAACACUUUCCAGAAGACUUUUGAGACUUAUGCGAACAAGCAGAAGAUCAUUUUCAAUGGAAUAUUGAUUGAUUCGAAUUUGACACAACCUAAAAAUGGCAGUGAUUUGGUUCGGAUGCACAUUUCAACCAAUCUCACCGAGGCUAUCAAUCUGAAAAGUGAGAUUUUGAAAAAAUUGGAAACUUUUCUCGAAAACGUAUUUUUUCCAGAACCGUUGAUGGCUGGAAGCGAUCCACUUGUGCAAAGUUACUCUCGAAUGUGUGAAAUUGCACUUUAUCCUUGUAAACUAUUCACUUUUUUCCAGGAUUCGUGGCAUUUUGCACUUGGAACUCAAUGUUUCGAGCACUGCACAAGUGCCAAACACUACAGCAAUCCAGACAACGAUGUUGACGACUUCGACGACGAAUCGACCUGGAAAUAGUACUACGGCUCGAGCUGAGACUACGGUAGCGACGUUGAAAUUAAAAUCCGAAUCAGAAUCCGAAUCCACGACGAAGACAUUCACAUCGACUUCCACAUCCACUUCUACAAAUCCUGGAAACAUUGCAAAAGCAUCGGGAGACGUGACAUCGAAAGGAGACAAAUUGUCGGAAGAACUCGACAUUCCAUGGGCGACCACUCGUAUCCCAGGUGACUUUUCCCCCAAACAUCGUACCCCUUACAGUAAUAACCUUCUUGUCGCUCUCAGGCUGGGAAGCCGACUUCAUGAUGUACGUGCUGCUGCUGCUGCUGCUCAUCUGGCUGUUCUGUCUGUUCAUGUGCCUCAUCUGGAUGUUUUAUUGUGCGAAACGGAAGAAGGACAAGAUUGAGAACGAGGCGGAGCGCCAACGGAUUCCACUUCUCGAGCACGAAAUGAACGAUGCGCCGGCCACGAAUUUGGCGUCGUCGAAAAGUGGAGAGAAUGAAGGAGUGGAGGAGGAGGAGGAGGAGGAGGCGUGGAAGAAUGUGAGUGGUCCCCCGAUCGGAUGACGUGGAUUCAGGAUUCCUUUUCAUUUCCAGAUCACGCCCGCCAAGUACGUGGAAGCGCCAAAGUCCGAGCUGGAAAGUGUGCGUCAACCACCGCUCGCCGCCCGAUACCGGCCCGUCGAAGUCUCGGAAUUCGAGGACGGACGGCACGAGGAGGAGGCCAACGAGGCGCCCCGACACGGUUUCGUUCCCGCCAAAAAGGCUGCCGAGCUCCGUUUCGAAUGA